AUGAUUAAAAGUGAACGAUUACUAUUCAUACGUCUACAACAAAGUAAUCUGAGAUCUGAGACAUAUGAGAACCUUAAGAAGCUUGGACAAAAUGGUAAUCCAGAUAUGUCAAAUAUUGGAACACGCGUACUACUACCGUCAUUGUUUACCGGAGGAUCGCGUUAUAUGAAGGAGAAUUAUUAUGAUGCGAUGGCUAUUUUUGUAUAUACGAUAGAGUUUCAGAAACGAGGUCUACCUCAUGCCCAUAUCUGUCUGUUCUUAAAUGACGAAAGCAAGCUUCCUUCGGUUGACCAUGUUGACAACUUUAUUUCUGCCGAGAUACCUGCCAAAAACUUAGAUCCAGAUCUGUAUAAUCUUGUCAGCGACUACAUGAUUCACGGUCCUUGUGGUGUUGCAAAACCAAAUUGUCCGUGUAUGGUAGAAGGUACCUGUUCGAAGAAAUUUCCAAAGAAGUUCUCUGAGCAGACUACUCUAGAUUCGAAUGGUUAUCCGGUAUAUAGACGAGCAGAUUCAGGAUUUUUUGUUGAGAAAUCUGGUAUUCAGCUUGAUAACAGAAGCGUGGUUCCGUAUAGCAAAACCCUUUUGAGACGUUAUCAGGCUCACAUUAACGUCGAAUGGUGUAACCAGGCUGCGUCCAUAAAGUAUUUGUUUAAAUACAUUAACAAAGGACCAGAUAGGGCAGGAUUUGGUUAUGUACAAAAUGCCGAUGAAGGUCAGCUUGAAGAUAGCAAAGAUGAAAUCAAAGAGUAUUACGAUUGCAGAUAUCUAUCGGCUUACGAUGCUACAUGGCGCAUCUUUGCAUUUGAUGUUCAUUACCGAUAUCCAUCCGUAAUGAGGCUUCCAUCUCAUCUACCAGAUAAACAAAACGUUGUAUACGGCCCUGAUGACGAUCUUGAUAGUGUUCUUCAUAAACCAUCUGUUGCUUCUACGAUGUUUUUGGGGUGGAUGGAAAAGAACCAAAAAGAUCCGUUGGCACGCAGUCUUACUUACGUUGAGUUCCCUACUAAAUUUGUUUGGAAGCUGCAUGAAAGGGUAUGGGAUAAGCGGAUAAUAGGCAAAAGCAUUGGUCGAAUUCACUGUGUUAAUCCUUCUAUGGGCGAGGCUUACUUUUUAAGAAUCCUUCUUAAUAAGGUAAAAGGGCCUAAGUCUUUUGAAGAGAUUCGUACUGUGAAUGGAGAAGUCUUCCCAACAUUUAGAGAUGCGUGCUACGCUAGAGGCCUUUUAGACGACGACAAGGAGUAUAUAGAAGCUAUCAAAGAGGCAUACUACACAGGUUCAGGAUACUAUCUUCGUAAUCUAUUUGCUACAAUGUUGGCGUCUAAUACAUUAUCAAGGCCGGAACAUGUUUGGGAAAACACAUGGGAGUACCUUUCGGAUGGUAUUUUAUACAAUCGUCAAAAGCUUUUGAGGAUCGAAGGUUUGUCUCUUCCAGAAGAACAAAUAAGGAACCUAACGUUGCUGGAAAUUAAGCGUUACUUAUUACGUAACAACUCAAGUUUAAGUCGGUUUCCGUCUAUGGCUCAACCCGACACAGUUAAUAGUAAUGCUGGUGGUGUGUUCUUCGUCUAUGGCUACGGAGGGACUGGUAAGACGUUUAUGUGGAAGACAUUAUCUGCAUCUAUUAGAUGUAAAGGAGAUAUUGUACUUAAUGUUGCAUCAAGUGAAAGCUCGAUGUGUUUUAUUAAACCGGACGAUGACGUUGCUGAUUUAUUAAGGAAAAUGAAAUUGAUAAUUUGGGAUGAAGCACCGAUGAAUCAUAAACAUGCGUCUGAAGUACUUGACCGAACAAUGAAAGAUAUCUUCAAAUGUGAGAUGACCUUUGGUCGUAAAGUUAUGGUGUUCGGUGGUGACUUUAGACAGAUACUUCCGGUUGUACCAAAUGGCAGUAGGCGAGAAAUCGUUAAUGCUUCAAUCACUUCGUCGUAUAUUUGGAGUAGUUGCAAGGUCCUUACGUUAACAAAAAACACGAGGUUAACCGUAGGAGCGAACGCAUCUGAUAUAAAAGAGAUUAAAGCUUUUGCGAAUUGGUUGCUCGAGUUGGGGGAGGGAAAAAUUGGUGGCAGUAACGAUUGUGAGGUGGUUAUAGAUAUUCCUGAAGAUUUGUUAAUCAAGUGCUCUGAGGAUCCUAUGUCAGAUCUGAUCGACUUUGUAUAUCCUUCACUUCUCCAACUGUACAAAGAUAAAGAUUAUUUUACUGAAAGAGCUAUACUAGCACCAACAAACGAGGUUGUUCAAGAAAUUAGUGAAAGAUUACUUGCUUCGUUUCCUGGCGAUGAAGUGGAGUAUCUGAGUUCUGAUAGUAUUUAUCAAACUGAUCAAGCAAAGAAUGAAGCACAUGCGAGACUAUAUUCUCCUGAUGUUCUGAAUGGUCUUAAAAUUUCUGGUCUGCCUAAUCAUCGAUUAGUCCUUAAAGUUGAUAUACCUGUAAUGUUGCUUCGUAAUAUUGAUUAA